AUGGCGGUGGUGGCGGGCAAGGUUUCAACUCCUGGUUAUAGACGAAUUGAAUUCUACGCGGUGCUUGAGCUUUUGCACUUCGCGGUCGUGCUGUGUGGAUCCAACGUCUCUUCGAUGCCAGUCACCAGGUCUCAGAAUGCCCCUCUGUACGGCCCACUGGACGAGGGGCGGAUUCGUGCCAGACCAAUUUACGGUCCCUACGCCGGCACGCAAGCUCCACCGCCCCCUCCUCGCGUCCGUCCAGUGAAGGCUUGGAUGGUGCGGGCUGCUUUGGGCUUAGCUGAACAUUUCCCUCCAGGGUCUGAGGAGAAAAACGAAUAUGUACAGAGCAUCGCAGAUAUCGCAGCUUCCGUAGCGACGGCGGACUCUUCAGGACGCGCCAGUGGUGGCGGAGGACGCCAGGGGAGUGGUGGCGAAGAGUCGGGAGGCCGACAGCCGGAGGCCACUCCACAUGGCAGUGACGACGACGCUUGA